UCGGCACUCUCUUAAUCGAGUUGGUCUACCACUCUCUCUCUCUCUCUCUCUCUCUCUCUCUUCUCAAACUCUCUCACUGUAAAGAUGAUGAACGAACCGAGAAAUUCCACGUAGAAAUUGAAACGGCGAGACCUCAGUGUUCUCUCAAUCGCGCAUUGCCUUCUGAUUUGUAGUGCUUAUCGCAUUUCAUUGUCGGCUACCGGAGAUUCUGCGGCGACGGCUUUGGCUUUGGAAAUGAUCCUCUGAACCUUAUCAGACUACACUCUCCGUGAUUCUGAAAUGGACUCCGAUAAGGAAAUGUCAUCGACUGUUGUAGAGAGCAAGGAUGCAGUAACUGGUCACAUAAUCUCCACUACUAUUGGAGGAAAAAAUGGCGAGCCAAAACAGACUAUUAGCUACAUGGCGGAACGUGUUGUAGGUUCCGGAUCGUUUGGAAUUGUUUUCCAGGCUAAAUGCUUGGAAACUGGGGAGACUUUUGCAAUAAAGAAAGUCUUGCAGGACAGACGUUACAAAAAUCGUGAGCUGCAGUUGAUGCGCUUGAUGGAUCAUCCAAAUGUUGUUUCCUUGAAGCACUGUUUUUUUUCUACAACCAGUAAAGAUGAACUCUUCUUAAAUCUGGUUAUGGAAUACGUUCCUGAGACUAUGUAUCGAGUACUGAGGCACUACUGCACUAUGAACCAGAGGAUGCCACUCAUCUAUGUGAAACUUUACACUUAUCAAAUCUUUAGGGGGCUAGCUUAUAUACACAUUGUUCCAGGGGUUUGUCAUCGAGAUGUAAAGCCUCACAAUCUUUUGGUCGAUCCUCUCACGCAUCAGGUCAAGCUUUGUGAUUUUGGCAGCGCAAAAGUCCUGGUUAAAGGUGAAGCAAACAUCUCGUACAUAUGCUCCCGUUACUACCGAGCUCCUGAGCUCAUAUUUGGUGCAACGGAGUAUUCUACGUCCAUCGACAUAUGGUCAGCUGGUUGUGUUCUUGCCGAGCUGCUUCUAGGACAGCCAUUGUUUCCUGGGGAAAGUGCAGUUGAUCAACUGGUUGAGAUAAUCAAGGUUCUUGGCACUCCAACUCGAGAAGAAAUUCGAUGCAUGAAUCCUAAUUAUACAGAUUUUAGAUUCCCUCAGAUCAAAGCCCAUCCGUGGCACAAGGUAUUCCACAAACGAAUGCCACCUGAAGCUAUUGACCUUGCUUCAAGGCUUCUUCAAUAUUCACCCGGUCUCCGGUGCACUGCUCUUGAAGCAUGUGCGCAUCCCUUCUUUGAUGAGCUUCGGGAGCCUAAUGCCCGCCUUCCCAAUGGCCGUCAGCUGCCCCCGAUCUUCAACUUUAAACAGGAACUUUCCGGAGCGUCGCCUGAAUUGAUAAAGAGGCUCAUACCAGAGCAUGUUCGGCGGCAGGCUGGACUGCUAUUCCCACAUCAAGCAGGUACAUAAGAUUAACUCGAAGCCGUUAAGGGACACGUUCUUCUGAGCAAGAAAGCCGCCUGUAGGGGGGGCUUUAUUCAGCGCCACCGUGGAAGUGGUAAAAUAUCAAAUACUUUUACUUUUGCCAAUAUAAUAAAUAUAUUUGCUAUGUCUGUACAUUAACUUUUACUGCACAAAUUCUAGAUAGGUGAGAGAGUAUAUAGAAAGGGUACCUGUAUUGUUGCUAGAUAUUAGGGGAUGCAAGAUAAACUUUACAAGCUUAAGUGGCUUAUUGUAGAUUUGUAUAAUACAGUUAGCGUAUAAUGAUCGACGGCUAUGCUCUUUGUUUGUACUUAUUUAGUAUAGAAGACUUAUUAUUUC